GCCAAAGCUCUCGCCACUGCGCAAUCCGUUCCGUGCCGUUUCAACCAACAUGAUGACACUGCGUCACAAGCCGGAGGAGGAGAACCGGAACCAGAGCGAGAUUCGGGAGACGAUGGAGGAGGUCCGGCGGAGCAUGCUGUCCGUAUCGUCGAAGGAGAAGAAGGCGUGUACGGAAGACCAGGAGGAGGACAGCGCGGGAUCGUCGGAGGAGAUGGAGUCGCCGAGGUCGGUGGGGCGAUGGCGGAGGGGGACGAUGAAGAAGACGGGGUGCGUUCUGUACAGCCAGAUCUUGAGGAUCAGAGAGGAGGACUCGCAUCUUGGCGAGAGUACGGCUCUGAUCGGUGCUGCCGCUGCAGCUGGAAAAGAUUAUCACGGCAUUGACGUCGUUCUUUUCGCCCGGCCAAUCUUGCCUUCCUCGCCUCUCAAGAACACAAUCAACUGUUAAUCCGCAAUAAUAACUCUGCUAAUGAUGUUCAGGAAGAAGAACAGGUAGCUUUCAAGGCAAGAGCAGCAAUGAAAAAUUCCGAGGAGACAAAUGAAGAGUUAGAAUUAAGUUCCAUCGUUGUGGUUUUUUUUUUUUCUAGGAUAAAUUGUAGCCGUUUGAUCUGCGAACGUUGCUGUACAGUUAAACAAAAAUCACAUCGCCGCUUUCCCGGGGGCCCCUUAUGAAGGGCCAAAAGCGAUUUCUGACAAUUAAAAGUGAUUCCCGACUACAGUUGUAUUGUAGAGGAAACACUAUGAUGGACUUUAAUUAGAUCUUCAGAUUUUCUGUUAAAAA